AUAUUGACGAUACAUAAUUGAAGUAUUCAUUCAAACAUCAUAUCUUAUGAAAAGGUACAGGUAAAACACAACGACUAAUAAAAAUUAAAAGCGCAAAUCAGAUCAAGUGAAGGCAGGCAGCGAUGAAAAUGGUAAUACUAAUCUACAUAACUUUUAACGGCAGUAGUAAAAACGCGGUAUCAGGAAAUGUUUAAUAACAAAGUAAAAAUUCACAAGUAAGAGUAAAAUCAAUAUGGUCCAACAAAGUUCGGAGCAACGAGCAGCUUAAAAACAAACAAAGAUGUGAUAAUGUAGUAUGUAUUUAUAAAUGUUUGCAAAAAAAAAUGUAAUAUUCAACAAUAACAGUGUGGACGAGAAGAAAACAAAACAACGAGAUGAAUGCAUCAAAAAACCAUACACAUAAUUUCAUAAAAUUUAUUUUUAAUGUAAACUAAAUCGAAAGAAUAACGAAUUUUAAGCCAAAAGCUUUUAGCUACAUUCAGUAAAUAAAUCCAAAGCACUGUAAUAAAAGUAAAAAAAAAUAAAUAAAAAAAUAACGCCCAUCAAAAGUCCACAAUGCUAGGAAAGGUUAAAAACGCCACACAUAUGCUGCAUAGAACGAAAAUUUCAACGAAGACUGAUUUUGUUUAGUUAGCAUCUAACAAAAACAAUUAUAAAGAAAUACUGACUUACAGACACCUACGAGAAACGCUUGUGAUUCAAAGCACAUAAUUCAACAAGGCAAAUCCAGCGAAUCAAUUAUACAAAAGUUCCACGGAAUACUAUAUGGUAAAUAUUUCAUGAGCAGCAUUGGCGGAAGCAGCGUAAUGGAACAAAAAAUGCUUGUGAUCGUCACAAUUUUGAUUGCAAAUGCUUGUAUAGCGGGCACCAUCCCGGCCACCCCCGAGAACAUAACCGUCACCUUUCUCACACCGACCACAGUGCGCGUUUCCUGGCAAACGAUGAUCGAUUUGAAUGCGCAUCCAAUUGAAAAGUAUAUUGUGACAUAUAAACCAGCAGAUGACAGUUACAGGGUUGUUCAGGAUGUCGCCGGCAAUAGCGAGGCAAUCAUAUUAGAUCGUCUAUCGCCCAGCACGCAGUACUCCAUAGCGGUAACGGCUAUUUGGCUUGGUAAAAAGUAUCGCAGCAGACAGAUUAUAUUUCGAACAUUGGAUAUGCCUAAGACAUCAUCGCAGCAGGACUAUGCGCCUGGCCAUCCGGUCGGCACGCUAGGCGCUCAAAACAGCGUUAGUAAUAUUAAUGCUGGAAUUGCUGGAGGCGGGACAAUUGGUGGUGGUGGUGGUGGUGGUGGUGGCGGAGGAGGAGCGGCUCUUUUUGGCGGCAAUUUGGCUAGCAGCGCAGCAGCAGCGGCGAAUGGGACUUAUGGUGACGAUGUAACAUCAACGGCGACGAACACGCUGGCGCAUAGACCGCGCGAACUGCCAACGAUACGCGGCGUCGAGAUUGGCAUUGUACUCAUCGUGCUGAUGGUAUGGGCUGGCGCCAUUGCGCUCUUCUUCAAUCGUUGGGGCAAGAUACGCAUGCUGCUUCCCUACCAACCGGAUUACAAGCAUGAACAGCUGAAGGUGCCCGGCACUGGCGUAUGCACUGGCGCUGGCUGUAAUGGCCAACACUCGCAUCAGAACCUACACCCAGAUAUAUUCGUAAAGUCAAAAUCGAAAGCUGGUGGCGUCGUCAACGGUGGCGGUGGCGGUGGCGGUGGUGGAGGCGAUCACAAAUUGCGGCAGAAACGUUUCACUCAACAGCGCAGCAUAUUGAAGAAUUCAACGGAGCGUUCGAGCAAUCAGGAUGAGCAAGAAUUAUUGGAGGCCAAAAAGCAGCUUAUAUUGCGGCGACGACGGCUCUUCAGCCACUACCGCCAGUACGAGCAGUGGCGUCGGCGUCAAUUCAGUUACGAUCCAUGUUACUAUCGCGCCAUACCAUUGCCCAUCGGGCAAGCAGCCUGCAACAACUAUUCCGCUGGCUUUAGCAGCGGUCAAGGUCAGGGUCAGGGUCAGGGUGCGUUCCGACGCCGCCGUCAGUACAGGCGGCAGUACUCGUGUGCCGAACGUGAGGAUUCGCGCGAGAGUCGUGAGUCGUCGUCGCUGCAUCGUUAUAAGGGCGAGAGCAUGAUAGCCAGUGAUUCAUUCAAUACCGGCAGCGUUAACUUCAAUAACUACGAAUACGAGCGGCUAAAUCGCCAACAACAACAACAACAACAACAACAACAACAAUAUCAGCACGAACCACCAAUGAUCGAAUGUUACUCUCCAAUGGAACGACGCAGUCAUAUCCACAUGUUGCACGAGGAGCGAUCCGCCUCGAUUUCGGAACGUUGUACACGUAGUCGCAUCAAUUCGGCAAUCUUUGUAUCGUCCGAGGGUAGAGGAUUUGACUCCAUCGAGUUUUUGCGUCGACACGGCUCACAGAGCGUGCUAUGUCGAAAAGCGCGCAGCGCAGAGAAUAUUACCGACAAUGAGCGCAAGAAAAGUUUCUCGGACAAUAACCGACCGUGGCGUACUGACGAGAAUAAUGACAGCGAUCCGAAUGCGGCGAAUAAACGGCAAGACGAUUGUGAUGGCAGCGCCAUAGAAUUACGCGAAUGCCGUCCUAGCGCUAGCAACAAUUUCGCAGACGGUGCCGCAUGCGGUGGCGAGUCACGUACCCUCUCAGUGCUCACCGCCAACACCAACUGCGAUCACCCAUCCACCUCAGCAGCCGCAGCAGCUUCAAUGUCCACCACGAAUGUGGUUGUGGGUAGCAUCUCGCUGGAGACGCCACCUUCACACAUCAGGGAGAAGCUGCACAAUGGUAGUGCCGCCAACACAACAACCACCGCCAAUGUCGUCAAUGUACCCAACGGCGAGAAACGACAGCGUCCAAAUACCUUUGCAGGUAUAUCAACCAGAAGCUCCACAUCGCGUGGCUCCACCGACACUGUCGAGGAGUUAGUGCUUGUGCCGACGACUGUAGUUGCCUCUUCCGCGCUGCCACCAGAAAUUGUCGCUACAAAUCGUUCACGCACGCUAGUACGUCAACGUUCCUCAACCGCAUCCGCAUCACCGCACCCAAGUCCAAAGUCGCACGCGCACACGCUCAAUAAUGCACGUCCCAAGAUUGCGGCGCUGCCGAUGGUGUCGGUAUCGGGACCAUCACCACCACACGAAAAGCCGCUGCCGCAAGCAACAACAACGGAAUGCUUGUAACAAAUGGCAGCCGAAACAUUUAUUUAAGUAGAGUAAAAAAAAAAAAUAGCAACGGUGACACAGAAGGUAGGAGAAGUGUUUUGAUAAGAGGACGCAAUCGGGCGGUGAAUGGGCGGCAGGGAAAAGCAGUUGGUUGGUUGGUUGCUGCAAUCAGCUGGUUAAACUAUGUAUAAGUACAAUUGACGCGCCUGUCACUGUAUGGGAAAACAAACAUACAUACGAUAAUCUGUCCUAUAUUCUUCCUAACUUCAAGCUCACGAUUUAAGCUCAUACACUUGCAAAUGUUUCGGCUAUAAUUGGCACAGUUGGGGGGUGGUAUCCCUCAGCUCUAAACUAAAUUAAAAAAACAAAAAAAUUAUCAAAAUCGACUGAACUAUUCGUAAAUACUAAAAUAUCAUAAAAAUAGUAUGAACAAAAAAAGCAAAUGGUAUUCCCAAAAGUACAUACAUAAUCUUAUAAUAGUCAUUAGUUUGUAAAAUGUAACCCGAGCCAAUAGAAGAUCGGCAUAAAGCUUUAACAAGUCACUUGAAAACUUUCAAGCUUUAAUAUUUAAAAGUACAGUAAAUAUGUAACUACUAAAUACUCGUAUUUAUAAUAUUUCGAUAUGUCAAUACCUAUUUAUUAG